AUGCGGUUGCUACUUGUGCUCUACUUUAGCGGCUUGUCCCUUGGUCUCAACUGUUCAAUCCCACCAGUCUAUGUCGACAUCCACAUGCGCGCGGUGCAUGGCACUGGAGUACAGCAGUAUGGAUCGUUCCUGGGCAUGGGCACACCCGCACAGAACCUGUCAUUAUGGCCUUCGAUCACCCAGAAUGAGACUUCGGUCGCUGCAGAGCAAUUCUGUGAGCACAGCAAGCUGGCGGAUUGCAUAGACAACACUGGCGGAAUUGUCGAUGUCACCGAGUCGCCUAGCUGGAAGCAAGACGAUGACUACCAAUCCGCAGACCUCACCGAGACAGCUUUCAACGACAGCUUUGGCGGCCGUGAUGUGAUGCAAAUGUACACUCACUACUUCCGCACCGACCCGGCAUGGCAGACGCUCCUCCCGGACAUGCGCUUUACCAUGGCGACGGAUGGCGACAAAAACCCUGGGAUCCUUGGGAUGGGCUCGCGAUCAACCAUGCUGCAGCGCCUCUUCGAGGUGGGCAUGAUCGCGGGACGAACGUACGCGCUGUAUAUCGGCAACAGCUUCGAGCGGGCAGGCGGACUGGCCAUCGGCAGCAACACCUUCGGCGGCUACGACCCGCGGCGCUUCAAGGGAGAGGUGCACAACUACACCAUGACGCAAGGCCGUACGAAUCCACUCAAGGUGCACGUCACCGACAUCGUGCUCGACGACCCAACCGGGUCCAUGACGCAGAACGUGUCAUUGCUCGACCGGGCGCGCUUCGCCAACCUGUCCGAGGAGCUCGAGAACGGCUUCGAAGCCAGCAUUACCACAGACCAGUUCCCGUUCAAGCUGCCGAAACAGGUCGUCCGCAACUACAAGCAGCAGCUUGGGGCGGUGUCGUCGGAUUACGCCGACGGCUCGUUGCGACUUUCCAGGCCGUUCAACGGUACCAUGACGGUCGUGCUAUCGGAUGGCUUCCGAGUGACGAUGCCGCCCGAGAUGAUGUUCAACGUGUCGGGCAUCUCGCCCGUGGCGGACGUGGCCGAGGACCAGGACAACGAUGACGAGAACGACGACGGACCGUUCCUGCUGGGCUCGGCGUGGCUCACGCAGGUGUACCUGAUGCUGGACUACGAGGAGUACUCGUUCCACCUGGCACAGGCGAUCCCCAUCGUCCCUUUCAACCAGCCGGCGACGUGGUGUCCGCGCACGGUGCCGCGACCUGCAGAUUCAGGGAGCGGGCACCGCGGAUUCGCGGCGAGAGGGUUGAUCGGGGCGGUGCUGGGCGGCGUCAUCGGCGGACUGGCACUGACGGCGGCGGCACUCUGGGCGUACGUGUGGUGGGUGCGAAGGCAGCUGGAGAGGGAGCAGAGGCGGUUGUCGCAGGAUAGCAUUGAGAUGACCAAGGCGGAUUUCGAGCAGGUGCCGAGCGAGUACGGCCCGUCGAAUGACAGCCAACCGUUGUGGCCGAGGUGA